AUGCAACACGACUCUGAAAGUGAAUAAUAAUAUUUCAACGAUGCUGAUGAGUACUUUCUCAAUCUACCAUAAAAAUGUUGGGAAUUCAAAAGAGUUAGAGUACCAAAUAUACUCCCUGGAGCCAAAGAUAUCUAUAUCAAAAAAUGGGUUAAAGUCAAUGAUGUUUAUGAUACUAAACAAUAAAAACCUAGAAUUAAUUAUUAAGCUUCUAUCAAUAGAACACAUUAAGAAUUAUAGAGACUUUUAGCUAAUAGUACUACUAAUACAUAAGAAUUGAGUUAACUAUUACAAAAAAUGACUCAAAUGAAAAAGGUAACCCAAUUAUUUUACUCAUUAGUAAGCUGUAGCUUAAUAACCUAAAAUUAAAAAAGUUGCUGCUCCUAAAUUUUAUGUUUGUCCUGUUACUACUUGUAAAAAGACAUUCUUUGACAAUUCUAAAUUAAGAAGACAUUAAUUAGUACACACUGGAGAAAAGCCAUUUAAAUGUGAGUUGUGUUAGAAAGGAUUCUCUUUAGAUUUCAAUCUAAAAACUCAUAUGCGUACUCAUACUGGAGAAAAACCAUAUUCAUGCAAGUAUCCUGAUUGCCAAAAGAGAUUUAGUUAGUCCAGCAAUCUUACCGCCCACUUAAAAAAUCAUUAAAAUCCUGAUUAUGCUGGUAUUUAUUAUUAUAUAAUAUACAUAGCAUCUGAGAGUGAAGAAGUUAUAGAUGAGCUAGAAGAAGAAAUUGGAGAAGAAGAUAUUGAAUAAUGAAAUUUUAUAAUAAUUAGUUGAC